AUGGCAAAGAUCAAUGGCGGCGUGAAAAGACUAGACUAUGGAUUUAAUGAUUAUCAGGUGCCUCCCACACCUCGAGCUACCAGAUCAGCUAGGAGGAGGGUCCCAUUUAGGAAGAAUGUUGAUGACAAUCAAAUAUGCGCAUUUUACUUAUUGGCUACUGUAGCUGGCAAGUUAUUGUUGGAGGGAGAAAAUUCUCCUAGUUCUGGUAACGCAUUAACUGGAAAAGAACUGUGCACAAUUGUGAAAGAUUCAUUCAAGAAAGAGCAGAAGGAUGAAGAUAAUCCUUCAAAGGCUGAACCUUGUGGUCGAGGAAGCUGUGAUAGGAGCUUUUCUUUUUCAGAGCUUGCUUCUCAUGCUCCUGCUCUACAUCAUAGUUUAAAGGAAUUUUCACAUGCCCAUAUUGAUGAUUGUUGGGGACUUGCCUCUGUAAUAACAACUUCUGAUUGCUCGGAGAAUGUUGGUUCUGCUAAGAAGUUAAAAAGCAAGAUUCAACUUGGAAGCUCUGCCAGCAAAUUAGAAGUAGCUUCCUCUGGGUUCCAGGAGUCUUGUGAUUUUACAGUAGGGAAUGAAAAUAAGAAAAAGAUAAAAAUAGAGUCACCAAAGGCUGGAAAUGCAUUAAAUGUUACCAAGGCUGAUAUCUGCAGUUCGGAUGAUCUGGCAGUUAGGGAUAGGAAACCUCCUGCUUUAGUUAGUGUAAACAAUAGGGUGAAGUUGCCUUCAUGCAUUGAUCAAAUUCCUAGUAGUUCUUUCCCUGCAUGUCGGGAUGAUGUAAAGUUAGUUAUUAGAGAUGAUGACGAAAACUCUUCCGGGUGCUCUCAACCUAGCACCACAACAAAGACCUUCAGGUCACCACUAUGUAUUGUAUUUGGAUGUUCAGCUGAAAAGCUUGAACCAUUGAGUUGGGAUUUGAGGAUUCAAAUAGCUAUAGAUGUAGCAAGGGCAUUGGAAUACCUUCUUGAUGGGGCCAUUGAGGCAGUUUCAGAUUUGAAGACCUAUUUGGCUGCAAGGUUGCUUAAGAGGUUGGAUUUUCCAGAAAUGAAAUUUAGCUUGUGUUUUAUGGGCUAUGAGUUUAGGCAAUUGCUGGUUUGCAUAGAAAUGGAGAUUGGUCUAUUCAUUAGGAGAACAUUGAUGGUGGCGUUAUUUUGUCUGUGGGUGCCCAUGAAAGUCAUGGUUAGGACUGGAAAUGCUGGUGUUUCUUCCUUAAAGCCGAAUGUAGUAAAUAUUGGAGCACUGUACACCUUCAAUUCUGUUAUUGGACGAUCAGCAAAGCCAGCAAUUGAAUCUGCGGUUGAUGAUGUCAAUUCCGAUUCAACUGCAUCUGAGCUUUGCGAGAAGUUUGACGCCAACAAAAACGCUUUUAGCGACGUUUUUAAAACGCUGCUAAAACUCAAAUUUCCUGCAGUGAACCGAAGAAUAAGGAAGUUUUUCUCAUCCAAAUAUUGGAAAGUAACUCCAAAACUGAAGGAUGAGGAACAUUUUAAUGCUGAUUCAGAAAUAAAGCCUGUCUACCAUAAUAGGAAGAUUUGUUACAAACACCGAAGGUCUCAAAGGGAUUAUCCUUUCAAAAAGAGGAGACUCUAUGACCGUAGCUCGGUAUCAAAUUUUGAAGGAAUUAGUAGUGAGGGAAUAUCUAGUUCACCUAGGAAGGGGUUUAGUUGUGAUGCUUCUGGUUCAAGUGCAACACCACGUGGAGCCUCUGGGAUAUCAGCUUGUGUAGCAGGUCAACACACAUCCUUCCAAUCGAGGGAUUCCUAUGUGAAGCUUAGGAUCAAGUCUUUCAAGGUUCCAGAACUUGUUAUUGAGAUUCCAGAAUCUGCAACUGUUGGUUCACUGAAGAGAACAGUUAUGGAUGCAGUGACUGCUAUACUCGGGGGUGGACUACGAGUUGGUGUACUUCAGGGGAAGAAGAUUAGAGAUGAUAACAAAACUCUACUGCAGACUGGAAUAUGUCACAAUAACAAGCUUGAUGCUUUAGGUUUUUCCUUGGAGCCUAACCCUUCGCAUGCUCCCCAAUCUCUGUGUCAUGAAGAUCGUCCCUUUCUACUUGCUUGUGACACACCUCAGCCUCUAACAAGGUACCCACCUGCACCUAGUGUAGUACAUAACGUUGUUCAACAGAGAACUGCUGAUACCUUACCAGAUCCUCCAUUGUCAAGUUUGGGAAACUUUAUUGAAAGCGAUCAUGAUUUGGCACCCUCUCCUCCUGACAUGUCAAUAGACAAAAGCCCAACACAUUCUAGAGCAUUGGUUGCUGUCCCAGCAAUGAAUGUCGAGGCACUGGCAGUGGUUCCCAUGAGGAAAUCCAAGCGGUCACCUUUCUCUGUUUAUGAAGUGGAAGCACUGGUUCAAGCUGUUGAGAAGCUUGGAACAGGAAGAUGGCGUGAGGUUAAACUGCGAGCUUUUGAUAAUGCAAAACAUCGAACUUAUGUGGAUCUCAAGGACAAAUGGAAAACACUGGUGCACACGGCAAGAAUAUCCCCACAGCAAAGGAGGGAUGAGCCGGUGCCCCAAGAGCUCUUGGAUCGGGUCCUAACUGCCCAUGCUUACUGGUCCCAACAAGAAGCCAAGCAACAGCUCAAACAACAGCAUUCAGAGACUUGUCGCCUUUGAAAAAAAAUUCACCACCGAUGAAGAAACUAAAGAUCAAUUGGAUGGGGAUUUAAAGACUGGUUUUGAUUUUGUAAAAAGUAAUGACAAGGAUGGGGGAAAACAGGUAAAACGUAAUAUUUGUAGCUCUUGCGGCGAUUCUUUUCAUCUGGGGAGAUGGGUUUUGGUGCUUGUAAAUGUGUUGACAGAAAAAGAGCUUGCUAACGGGGAAUUUUUUGAUGCCGAAAUGUGGGCAUUUUUUUUUUUUUUUUUGUUCAUUUAAUUUCUUAAAUUGGGGUUUUGGGUGAAGAAAGAAAAGAAAAGAAAAGAAAAGAAAAAGCAUGGGAAUUGAAGUUCAUUUGUUGUAUUUUGUAGAUGGGUAGUGAUUGUAACCUUCAUUUUAAUGCUUAUUUAGCAUUUUAAUAUAUGAUAAAUUCAUUGACACGUCCAGAUUUUCUCCA